UUCUUCUUGAGUCUCGUCAGUCCAGCCGCCAAAGUGGAGAGUGUGAUCGCACAGGGGGGUGUCUCUCGUUUCAGUGCGUCUUCGGGCGGAGGAGGCGGGAGGGGGGCCUCUCAGCACUAUCCCAAGACUGUCGGCAAGAGCGAGUUCCUGGGCUUGGCUCCGGGUUCCGUGGGGCAGAAAUGGGUUCCGUCGCGCAGCACUAGACGAGAAGGCUCCUCCACCGAGAAGGAACGCCAUGACAACAUCUUCAGGAAGGUCCGAGGCAUCCUGAACAAGUUGACUCCUGAGAAGUUUGACAAGCUAUGUCUGGAGCUGCUCAACGUGGGCAUUGACUCCAAAGUCGUCCUCAAAGGAGUCAUCCUACUGAUCGUGGAUAAGGCGUUGGAAGAGCCCAAGUACAGUUCCCUGUAUGCUCAACUCUGCCUCCGAUUGGCUGAAGACGCCCCCAGCUUCGAUGGCCCCACCCCCGACAACCAACCCCCCCAGAAACAGAGCACCACCUUCAAGAGACUGCUCAUUGCCAAGCUGCAGGAUGAGUUUGAGAACCGCACCAAGAACGUGGAGGUGUAUGACCGUCAGGACACGCCCCUGUCCGCUGAAGACUGCGAGCAGCAGGCGCUGGCCAAGAUUAAGAUGCUCGGAAACAUCAAGUUCAUCGGGGAGCUCGGCAAACUGGACCUCAUCCACGAGUCCAUCCUGCACAAGUGCAUCAAGACGCUCCUGGAGAAGAAGCGCCAUGUGCAGGUGAAGGACAUGGGAGAGGAUCUGGAGUGCCUCUGCCAGAUCAUGAGGACCGUCGGACCGCGACUGGACCACCAGAAGGCCAAGUCCCUGAUGGACCAGUACUUUGCUCGCGUGCGGAGCCUGAUAGCCAAUCAGGAUCUUCCGUCGCGUAUCCGCUUCCUGCUCCAGGACACGCUGGAGCUGCGCGAGAACAACUGGACCCCGCGCAAGAUACACCGUGACAACGGGCCCAAGACCAUCACACAGAUACGACAGGACGCAGUCAAGGACCUGGGCGUGUUCAUCCCGUCCUCUCUGGGUUCGGGAGGCGGCGGCCGUAACGACUUCUUCGGCGAGGGCGUGAUUAACCCCUUCCUGGCCGGGCUGGGCAUGCGUGCGGGCAUGAUGGGGGGCAUGGGUCUGAUGGGGGGGCUGGGCGUGGGGGGCCUGGCCGACAUCUUUGGCCAGAUGCCGCUGGGGGGGGGCAUUGGCACGGGCCCCGGCGUCAUCCAGGAGGACACGCACUACUCCCCCGCCAACCGUAACCGUGGAAACGGCCUCUUCAUCUGCCCUCCGACGCACACGCUGGCGGCCUUCAUAACCCCGCAGCAGCACGCGCACAACAACCACGGCAACCACGGUAACCACGGCAACCACACGCACGGGGGAGGAGGCAACAACAACGCGGAGAAGACCAAUGGGAACAAGACCUUCAAGAACGGACAGAGUCAGCAGCAGUCGCAGGCUAAAGAUCUGACCCCUCGCUUCUCCAAGAGAGGACUCGUCAGCGCAGAGGAGGUGAGCCUGCGUCCCGCUCAGUCCUUCCAGCUCAACAAGAAUCAGCCCAAACUGGUGACGCCCGGACCCACACACUCUCCCCCACUCAUCAGAGAGCCUCCUCAGCUGGGUCUGAAGUCGGCGCCUGCGGUGAUCCAGGAGAAACCCCAGAAGACCAAGAAGGCCCCGCCCACCAAAGAGGAACUCAACACCAUGACCGAGACUCUGGUGCGUGCGUUCCUGGCGGGAGGGGAGGUGUGUGAGGCGGUGUCGGCGGUGCGCGACAUGAGGGCUCCGCGCUCCAGCGUGUGUGAACUCCUGACCAAGAUGAUUCUGAUUGGACUAGAGGGUUCCGACGCCGACCGCGAAAACACCAGCACGCUCAUACACACACUCGCCACCGAGGGACUUGUCACCGGGGAGCAGUACAUGCAGGCUCUGUUGGGUGUGUGUGAUCGGGAGGCGGAGCUUGAGGGUUCGGUGCCUCUUCUGAAGUCUGUGAUUGGCCAGUUUGCUGCGCGUGCGUUGCUAGGCGACGUGCUGAGUGUGUGUGAGCUGGCGGCUCCACUGCAGAACGGAACACACUUCCCCCUCUUCCUGCUCUGCCUACAGCAAGCUUCUCGCCUGAAGGACCAGGAUUGGCUGACGACAACCCUGACACAGUCACGCGUCAACAUGAUCACCAUGCUGCCAGAGUGUGACCAGACCAAGGAGCGCAUGCUGGAGCUGCUGGAGGGGAAAGGCUUGGGCUUCCUGCUGCCGCUGCUGCGCGUUGAGAAGGAGCUGCUUCGCCACAUCCGCGAGGACCCGACCGCCACACACAUCUACAGGUGGAUACGAGACAACGUCACCCAGGGACUGCACACCGACCCCAGCUUCAUCAACAUCCUCAUCACCAGCCUUCUUCAGUACGUGUGGGAGGAGGUUCGCUCCUGUGCCCCCGAGGAGGAGGAGUGGGACAGCUCUGCGGCGCCCCCUAGGGAGGCUCUGGAGCAGGAGAAGAGGCUGCUGGACUCCUUCAAACCCGUCAUGCAGAAGUUCCUGCACACACACACCCAGCUGCAGGUCACCGCCCUCUACGCCCUGCAGACACACACACACAGCCUGGGAUUCCCUAAAGGUAUGCUCCUGCGCUACUUUGUGUAUCUGUACGAUAUGGAGGUGGUGGAAGAGGAGGCUUUCCUGGGCUGGAAAGAAGAUCUGACUCAGGACCACCCUGGCAAGGGGAAAGCUCUAUUCCAGGUGAACCAGUGGCUGACGUGGCUGGAGACGGCUGAGGAGGAGGAGUCUGAGGACGAUGAAGAGUAACGAGUGUUCACCUACCUCCCGUACGAGAGUGUGUGUGUGUAGCUGAUGUAGGCGUGAUGUCUGAGUGUGUGUGUGUGUGUUGGAUUUUUAAUUCCCCUGCGUCUCUCUCUCGAGCAAGCAGUGUCUACUAGUGAAGAGUUUUCACUUGAAAUGAAAUUUAACUUUUUCUCGUUUUUAAAAAUCGUUAUUCUUUUUUUUUCCUUUUUCCUUUUUUUUACGUUGGCUGGAGGCCCCGCCUCGCAGUGUUUUUUAAGCCAAUCCUGAGUCCCGACGUCUUUGCCAAGCCUGCCCCUUAGUAGUGGGCGUGUCCUAUUUAUGCUCGACCAAUCACAGCCCUGUGCUCUGCACACCUUGCUUGGCCACGCCCCCUGUGAUUAUGAGGCUGCGUUCUGAUCAUGUGACAUCAGCCUGAGAGGAGAGGGCCGGUGUGAUUGGCUGGCUCUGGUCAUGUGAUCAUGUGGAUUCUGUUACUGUAUAACUGCUGCUUAUGUCAAUAAACAUUAUAAAGAUA